ACUGAAAAUAAUUUAGUGAGGUGACGGUAAUGGUGAUGUGUGUGUAGGGUUUAGGGUUUUUGGUGUUGUGAAACGAUGGCGUCGAGACCAGAGGUGGUUGCGCCGCCUGAGAUUUUCUACGACGAUGCUGAAGCACGCAAAUACACUUCUUCUUCUCGUAUCGUUCAAAUUCAGGUUCUUCUUCUUCUUAAUUUAAUUUUCUUUUCUUUCUCUUCGAAAACAAUUAAUUCGAUUUGGUGUGCGAAAAAGGCCACGCUGUCAGAGAGAGCGUUGGAGCUACUUGCUUUGCCCGAUGACGGCGUUCCUAAAUUGCUCCUUGAUAUCGGUUGUGGAUCGGGACUUAGCGGUGAGACACUCUCGGAGAGUGGACACCAUUGGAUUGGUCUCGACAUUUCACCAUCGAUGCUCAAUAUUGCGUUGGAGCGAGAGGUUGAGGGUGACCUUUUACUUGAUGACAUGGGUCAGGGUUUAGGGCUUCGUCCAGGAGUUAUUGAUGGGGCCAUCAGUAUCUCUGCUGUUCAGUGGUUAUGCAAUGCUGAUAAAUCCUCACACAACCCGCGUUUACGAUUAAAGGCUUUUUUUACUUCUCUAUACAAAUGCUUAGCAAAUGGAGCUAGAGCAGUAUUUCAAGUGUAUCCUGAAAAUCUAGACCAGCGUGAAUUGAUUUUAAAUGCUGCUAUGCAUGCUGGAUUUGCUGGUGGUAUAGUGGUGGAUUUUCCACACAGCACCAAGAGAAGAAAAGAGUUUCUUGUUCUCUCAUGUGGUCAACGAUCAAUAAAUGCAUCCGUAUCCAAGGGUAAAAAUGAAGGUGGGGAAAUUUGCUCUGACGAUGACAGUGAAGAUGAAGAAAAUCAGACAGUAUGUAUCUCAGACAGGCAUAGACCACGGAAAAAGCAGAAAAAGAAUAAUAAGAGCGGCAAGGGAAAGGAGUGGAUACUAAGGAAGAAGGAGCAGAUGAGAAGAAGAGGAAAUGCUGUUCCCCCAGAUACCAAAUACACAGGUCGAAAACGGAAGGAUCGAUUCUGACUUUGUUUGGCAUUUGCUUCAGAGUGUUGCAUAUUCCUAGUCACAUUUAUUAUUUGAUUAUGGGGAUUACGAAUUGUAUAUUGAUUAUGGGCUUCAGAAUCCCGUCCUGAAGGAUCUUUCACGCUCGUUCCUGGCAGUCAAAUCUGUUCGAUCAUGAGCGGCCUUGGAGAUUUUUGUAAACUAAUUAUGCGGUAUGUUGGAUAUUAUUUUUAGCCCGGGAUCCUGACCCAUUUUGCCAAUGAAUUUGUACGUCCUUUACUCCUUUUAAAAUACAGAUAAAAAAAUGUCACUUUUGCUUUAGUUGGUAUUUGGCAAACUUUAUGCAUUUAUUAUUAUUUUUUUUGGAGUGUUAUUGCAUGCCAUUGCGCGGCAGAUACACACUGGAGAUGUUAUUUUCUUAAUAUAACAUUUAUGAUUAU